AUGGUUCGAACCACCGAUGACCUGCACUUCCACCUCGGGUCCCACGCGGAGGAUGUGCUGUCGGGCCUGCUGCAGCUCCGUGCACAGCCCAAACUUGCCGAUGUCACGCUGCUGGUGGGCGGCCGGGAGCUGCCGUGCCACCGUGGCAUCCUGGCGCUCAGCAGCCCCUACUUCCACGCCAUGUUCACGGGCGACUUUGCUGAGAGCUUCUCGGCACGAGUGGAGCUGCAGGAUGUAGAGGCGGCCGCUGUGGCACAGCUGGUGGACUUCGCGUACACGGGCCGGCUGACAGUGACACAGGCCAACGUGGAGGAGCUGACCCGCAUGGCCGCACGGCUGCACUUCCCAGCUGUGCAGGAGGUGUGCGGCCGCUACCUGCAGCAACAGCUGGACGCUGCCAACUGCCUGGGAAUCUGGGAGUUCGGUGAGCAGCAGGGCCUGCCAGGGGUGGCCGCCAAGGCCCGGGCCUUCCUACAGGAGAACUUCGAGGCCGUGGCCGGGGAGGAUGAGUUCCUGCAGUUGUCAGCAGACCGCCUGGCCACUUGCUUGACUAGCGACCUGCUGCAGGCACAGCCGGAGCAGAGCAGGCUAGGGGCAAUGCUGCGCUGGGUGCGCCAUGAUUCGCAGGCCCGUGCCCACCACCUGCCCCAGCUACUCAGCCUUGUGCCACUGGAUGCGCUGUCUGGGCCCUGCGUGCAGCAGCUUCUGGCCACGGAGCCGCUGAUCCAAGCAUCGGAGGCCUGCCAGGCUGCUCUGUCACAGGGCUGCAAUGGGGAACUGCUGGCACCCUCACAGAAACUGGAGGAGGUCCUGGUGGUGGUGGGUGGCCGUGCACUGGAGGAGGAGGAGGAGGAGGGUGCCCGGGACCCAGCCCCUCACCUUGGCAACUUCGCCUUCUACUACACCAAGACCAAGAGCUGGCUGGCACUCCCCGACUUCCCUGAUUAUCACAAGUGGGGCUUCUCCGUGGCAGCACUCAACAACCAGGUCUACGUGACAGGAGGGUCCCGUGGUAGCCGCAAUGACACCUGGUCCAGCAAGGAAGCCUGGUGCUUCCCACUACAGGAGGGAGUGUGGAAACCGGCAGCACCGAUGCUGAAGGCCCGCACCAACCAUGCCAGUGCUGCACUCAAUGGAGAGAUCUACGCCAUCGGGGGUACCACCCUGGAUGUGGUGGAGGUGGAGCGCUAUGACCCCUACACCGAUGCAUGGACUCUUGUCAGCCCGGCUCUCAAGUAUGUCAGCAACUUCUCUGCAGCUGGCUGCCAGGGCCGGCUCUACCUGGUGGGCUCCAGCGCCUGCAAGUACAAUGCACUGGCCCUGCAAAGCUAUCACCCUAUCACAGAUGCCUGGAGUGUGAUCUCCUCACCCUUUCUGCCCAAGUACCUGUCUUCACCGCGCUGUGCUGCACUGCAGGGUGCCCUCUACCUGGUUGGAGACAACACCAAGAAGGUCUACGUGUAUGAUCCUGGGGCCAACCUGUGGCAGAAGGUGCAGCCCCUGCACAGUCUUCAUGAGAACGGGGCCCUGGUGCCUCUGGGUGACGCACUCUACAUGACAGGGGGCCGCUGGCAGGGCAUGGAGGGCGACUACUGCGUGGAGAUGGAGGCCUAUGACAGCAGUCGCAGCGCCUGGGUGCGCCAUGGAGCCCUGCCCCGCCUCUGGCUCUACCAUGAUGCUUCCACGGUCUUCCUGGAUGUCUCCAAGUGGACGCAGCCCUUCCGCCAACGCCAGGAGUCCUGA